GCGCAGGCACUACACGGAAGGCUGGGAGUGCAGACAGCACGCUAUUGGCGGGAUGGGGAAGAAUUAUCUGCGUUGACCAAUGGCAUGUGCGAGGCUACCCGCCGCAGUGCCUUCUGGGAACGUGCCAAUGACCGCUUCCAUUGGGUGUUUGCCUGCGGAAGCUCCAGACGAUAAGAGCCUACAAGUUGAACCUGGAGCAAUGCUGCUUUUCUGUCCGAGCUGUGGAAACGGACUGAUUGUGGAGGAGGGGCAGCGCUGCCAUCGCUUUGCCUGCAACACUUGCCCCUACGUGCAUAAUAUCACACGCAAGGUAACCAACCGAAAAUAUCCAAAGCUGAAAGAAGUGGAUGAUGUGCUUGGUGGAGCAGCUGCCUGGGAGAAUGUGGACUCUACUGCAGUCCUGGUCUUCACUCCUCACGAGUGUAUUGUGUCCAUGAUGUCUUUUGUGGUUGUUGCUGGAUGA